GGAAGCGGCGGCGUCCGUCGCGCCAUCUGCCGUGCGGUGAGCGCGAUCGAUGAAACCGGAAGCCGGGCGGGCCAUUCUCGUGUUGUACAGAUGCCUCGCCAGCGUUGGCCACAGUGGGCCACAUGUGUCUCGCGCACCGCUUUCUCGUGGAAAAGGCUCUCGCCGAAAAUGCGCCGUGUUUACGUAAUCGCAAGCGGUAACGCGAUGCCACACCGGUUCUGGUAGACGCGCGCAUCCACCGUGAGCAUCGUACGCGAUCGUAUUGGACAGAAAGGUAACGCCGUGGCGAGUUUACGGGUCGAGUAGUAGUAGCGGCCGCCGAGAAAAACCGGACCCUACACGCCACGACACGGCCCGUGUGGCAGCCUGUGUGCGCCGUUGUCCGCUACCAGCGCGCUGUCGCAGUAAGUCACGGUCGUAUGGUGGUGCGACGACGAUCGUUCGUUCGUCCGUACGAGGGCAGAUUCACGAGGCAAGACGCAGUUUCGAUCGUAUCGCCGCGUAUCGCGGCGAGUUCGCGCCGUUGGCUCGUCGAUAUCGUCGCUAAAGCGCAGAGUCAGCGCGCAAUCGCCUAACCCCAUACGCCGGAGAGUGAGCACGAGGCGCCUCGUGCGUCGCGAUUUUCAUUGCCGCGAUCGAACGUGCGCACCGUCGUAGAGGUCGGGCCUGUGCGGUGUACCUCGUGUCUCGUCGCGCAGCGCGUCGGAUUUGCGGCCUGAGUGCGUAAAGUCAGUGUGAGGAUUCAUCGCGUGCGAGGUGACCGCGCGCGCGCGACCGCUUAAAAGAGCCGAGAGUCGAGAGCGGGCAGGCUGUCUUUUCUCUGCCCUACCGACGACGACACGAGUAGUCUUCUCGUCAGCGACGUGCAGCUAGCGGUAGCGGUAAUAGUAACGAUAGCAGUAGUACUAGCAGUAGAGACAUGAAGAGUUUCUGUGCUUCGAGACUGUGAAGUGGAGGUUAGAGAUCCGCCGUGUCUGCUGCGUGAAUUGCGUGCGCGCGCGCGUCGCGAAUCAACCGUUCCCGAGAAGGAGAAGCGACAAGCUCGAGUCGCUCCAGCUCCCCCGCGAGCGCGGCGAGUCCGGACACGCGACGGUAAUUCCUCGCGGAUCGAGUGCGCACUAGUGCGACCUCGUGCGCGGUUACUCCGUGGAACCUCGUGUUUUUGCUCACGGUGUUUUUGCUCGUGUGCCUGCAAGAUGGCGGCCAAGGUAGCCAGUGGCGCGCAGAGCGGUAGCGAACGGCCGGAAGGCCCCGGCCAGUCCUACGCCAGUGUGCUGAACCCGAAGAGUGGCAUCGAGAGCCGAGCGAAGACGUGCACAGGCAACAACAAAGAGAAUAUGGGUGGUCAGUCGGUUAAUCGGGUGACAACGAUGCUGCAGCAGCAGCGUCAGUUACAUCAGAAUCAGCAGCAGCAGCAACAGCAGCAGCAGCAGCAGCAGCAGACGACAACUGUGAAGGAGCAGACCACCACGUCAACGAUGGCAUCGAGCGUCGUCAGAGGCAAGUCCUAUCAGAGAACCGGCCGGUGUCAGCCGACACAGCCUGCGAGCAAGUGUUCGGACAAACAUUUUCGCAGUGAUAGUCCGUCGAAUAUGUCGUGGAGUGUCUUCGUCGACAUGGACAGACCGAUCGCCGGCGUCCGUAAGGAGGCGCUGACUGCGUCGCCGCGCGAUAAUGACGUCGACGAGCAGUUGAACAACGGCGACGUGGGCAGUGACGGCGAGUUCCAAACGGUCGCGCCGAAGAGCGCUCGGCGUAAGGAGAAAUUGCGCGAGCAGCAUCAGCGAGACCAUCACCGGGAGCGUCAUCGGUUACGCGACAACAACCGUCACCAGCAGCAGCAAGCACGUGGUCUCGGCGGAGUCGGCGCCGGCGCCGGCGCCGGAGGCGUCGGUAGGGGCGGCAGCAAUGAGCGCUCGCACAAGGAACGUGGUGAUCGCAACGUCACCUUCGUCGUCGCUGCCGCCGGAGCUGCCGCUGUUACCACCGCUGCCACAGAGCACAGUUCCAGGGAGACUCAUCGGGGAGACGAUCAGGAUGCCGAGGCUGAGGCGCAAUCGGCGCCCCAGCCACUUCCCAUCAAGUACGUCGAAGCACCCUUGCCCGCGGUAAACCCUUGGACGAAGAGCAGAACGUCGCCGGCGACGCAAAACGCCACCGCGACGCUGGCUUCCACUAGCGUCCUCACCACGACCAUGCAGGUCGACAGGCAGAGCGACAGGGAGAAGAGGGUGCUGCAGCCACAACAGCAACAGCAGCAGCAACAGCAACAGCAGCAAGGUGCAACCACCGAAAAUGGUGUCAAUAGUAGCGUCCAACCUACGAUUGUCAAAGCUCCCAGAGAUAGGAGAAAAUUCAACCAAAAGGCAAGUGACUUUACAGACAUCGGAGAUUGGCCAACUUUGGGAACACAGGGAGAGAAAAAGACAAUCACAUCACCGCCGAAGCAAAAUGGUACCUUGAUGGUUGAACCGAACAAUUCCAAAGAGACCAAUACCAGUAACGUUGAAAGCAGGGGGAAGGAGAAUAAGGAGCAGAACCACUGCCAAGACGAUAGUGACGAACAUAUGGAUAAUAGUGAAAAGAAAAGGAAAGUGAACAAGCAAAAAUGGGUCAAGCUGAAUAUCGACUUGACGAAAAAUCAUGGUAAACGUGAACGGUCGCCAAAGUAUCAGAAUCAGAGGGAAAGGAACAGUGAAGAUGGUGAACAAACGUGGCGUGAGAGGGACUACGACCGAUCGACAGGAUACAAUAGCUAUCGAGGUAGUCGCGGUGGAAGGAGUUACAGAGGUAGAGGACGCGGCGGCGGACGUGGUGGCGCACGAAGCGGUAGUUUCAGACACCGACAGGAUCACGAGUAUCAGAAUUAUGCAAGCACGGAUUACGUGCAAAUGCUUAAAUACGAACAGCCAGAUCCUACAUACAUGAUGGGGCAUUGUUCAGGGACGUACUAUUACAGCGAUUACCUUAACUUAGAUACUAAUACGUUAAAGGAAUAUAUACGGAAACAAAUAGAGUAUUACUUUAGCGAGGAAAAUCUUAUGCGAGACUUCUUCCUUCGUCGUAAAAUGGAUGUUCAGGGAUUUUUACCUAUCACUUUGAUCGCAUCCUUUUAUCGUGUACAAACUUUAACUACGGAUGUACGUUUAGUGACAGAGGCAAUUAUGGAAUCUGAUAAACUAGAAUUAGUAGAUGGGUACAAGGUUAGAACAAGGUUUGAUCCAUCAAAAUGGCCUAUCCUAGAUACAGCGGACAAACCAUUCUUUUCAGAUUCUUCGGAAUUAUUUAUGCCACUUCAAAAUGAAAUAAUACCUGAUGUAGUUGAAAGUGAAUUUUAUCCUGCAGCAAGGCCUUUACCUAGCAUACCUGAACCCAUUGUAGUUCCAUUUAUUCUUCAAACUGACCAUACCAUUCCGAUGCCAGGAACGUGUAAUGAAUCGGAAAGUAUUCUUUCCCUGGUAGAGCCUUUAAAUCCUGAUGUGCCAGAAUUUAUACCGACGGAAUUGACAGUGAAUAGUAAUAACCUACCUACAACUACGAACGAAAGUAAUGAAACGAAGAAUGAAGAGCAGUCUGUAAAAGCAAAAGAAAUAUCCGAACCAACAAAUAUCAUUAUAACUUCUAUUUCGAGUCAUAAUUCUCUCAUAAAGGAAGACAAUAAAUUACCAGCUACGACACAUUCUUCUAUUUUAAAUUGCUCGUCAGAAGACCAAGAAAACGAAAAAUCAAAUUCAAGUGACGACAAUUGGCAAAAGGUGAAAAGAAAAGUUAAACAGCCGCACAAGAAGAAAGGGAACCCAGAUAUUAAUAAAAGCGAGGAACGAGAAGUACUGCAUUUUAAAUUCGACGAGGAAAUGGAUGAAACAGAUGGAUCUGAUGACGAAGGCGAUAUAUCAGAUAGGGAGAUCAAUAAAAUCAUUAUCGUCACGCAAACGUCUAGAGUUCCAAAACACGAAGGAUAUGACAGAACCGGAGACUGGAUAACGAGAGUAAAAAUGAGUCGAGAUUUGGAGCGGGCUAUUAAUGACGGAUUAUUUUGUUACGAAGAAGAUUUAUGGACGCAAGAUCGUCAGAGGUAUGGUUCAUCGUCGUCUAUCGGAAGUUACAAGACCAUCAAUGUCAUUAGUCAAGAGGACUUUGAAAAAAUGGCACCAAAAGCUCCUAGAAAAGCAAAUCCAGAAUUACCACCACCACCUCCUUCUAUUAAAGACGACUUGGAAAUUGUCCAGCCAUCAUCACAGCUACCAUCUACGAGUCAGGAGUGUCAAGAAAGAAAAGAGCGUAGGACAGAGAAAAACCGUUGGAACGAAAGAUCAAGGAUCGAGAGGGAAGAGCGAAGAAGUGCGCCUCGUUUCUUUGCUGUUGUAAAGGACGGACCAUCCGUUGAUCCGAGAACACCUCGAAAGAGGAAAACCCGUCAUAGCAAUAACCCUCCGGUGGAACAUCAUGUCGGUUGGAUCAUGGAUGUUCGAGAGCAUCGUCCCCGUACAUAUUCUACAGGGAGUAGCGCAGGCACUAGUCCUAACGAAGGCUACUUGUCGAGUAGUUACGGCAGCGUACCACAAGCUUUACCUACGUUCCAACAUCCGAGUCAUGCUUUGUUGAAGGAAAACGGUUUCACUCAGCAGGUCUAUCACAAGUACCACUCGCGCUGUAUGAAAGAGCGCAAGCGGCUAGGUAUUGGACAGUCGCAAGAGAUGAACACUCUCUUCCGUUUUUGGUCGUUCUUCCUGCGUGAAAAUUUCAAUCGUACCAUGUACGAAGAAUUCAGAACUAUUGCCAAGGAGGAUGCUUCUGAAGGAUACCGAUACGGGCUAGAAUGUCUAUUUAGAUUUUAUAGUUACGGCUUGGAGAAGAAAUUCAAACAUCCAUUGUACAAAGAUUUUCAAGUAGAGACAAUAUAUGAUUACGAAAGCGGACAACUAUAUGGAUUGGAAAAAUUCUGGGCAUUUUUGAAGUAUUACAAGAAUUCCGAUCAGCUUCACGUGGAUCCUAAAUUAAAAGAGUACUUAUCGAAAUUCAAGAAUAUCGAAGACUUCAGAGUAGUGGAGCCACAAAUACUCGAAAUGCUUUACGUUGCGAAGAAACGCAACAGAAGCGUAUCCGAAAGCGCUAGCGGCGAAGAUGUGCGGACAAACAGAGAACGUCGGCUCUCAGGUGGUUCUAGCACCGUCACACUGCCAAUCACAAAUUCCGAAAGUAGUAACGCGCUAAAGUCACGCCUAGAGCCUGUAAAUUCACAGUUUCGUAAUAGAGCCAGUUCUUUCGGUUCCGGUAGGCUAACGAGCCAUCCUCGACGAUGGAAUGACUCCGCGACAUCGUCAUCGUCGUCAAACAACCAGCGAGAUCUCAACAAACAGCAGCCUCGUAGUAGGCACAAUUCCGGUUCCUGCACAAAAUCUCACGAAGUGGUGAGCAAAUCGCAAGUCACUGCCAGAGAUCGUACUCAACCAAACUCCAAGCCUGAAACGACCAAGUUCGUCACGAUGAAGACGGAAAAUGUUUCUUCUUCCUCCCAAAAAUGAGAAACUCAGUUGUGGCGUGGUAAUGAGGUGCGCACGAACUUUUAUUCUUUAAACAGUUCUACGAAAGCGAAGAGAAAUGUAUCGUAUCGCCUUCGAAGAUUGUGCGGUGUUUUACGUAACGUACACCGUGAGAACGUUAAAUGACAGUAAUCGACGAAUACUAGUGCGUAACGACACACUAGGAAGGAUCUAAGAAGGGAAAAAUACGGGAAUCGACGAUUCUCGCGAUCACGAAGAUCAUCGUCGCGAAAUAUAAGCAUUCGCGAAUUGUAAAUGCGCAACACUAGAUUUGUAAUUGUAACAUUACUCAUAAGAUAGUAUCUACUUUUAUUAAAGCCCUUAAUCUAUACAUAUAGAAAUAACGAGGCAUGGCCACACACACACACACACACACACACACACACACACACACACACACACACACACACACACACACACACACACACAUCGUUUUAUUAUUACGAUUUACUAUUUUUACUUGCUUUCCUCCAUUGCUUAUGACAUUUAUAUUGCAUUGGCAGAUGACAGAUAACUAAUAAAAGGAGAGAUGAUGAGAAUCGAA